CUUCUUCUUCUUCGCUCUUUCUUUCUUGGUUCUUUCUUAAUAAGUUUUUGAUGGAUCCUUUCAACUUUGAGACCGAUCUUCACUCACUGAGAAGACUAUACGGUCUUCUCCACUCAAAUACAAACAAUGAAUUCAUACCACAAGCCUUUCUGUUAGAUGAGAACACUCAGUUUCUACUAAAGCGUUUGCUUGAUUCUGAGACAGAGGAGCUUUUGGCUAGACAAACCAAGGUUACAUAUGCUAAUGUUUCACUUGCCUAUUCCCACGACCGCUCUUGGUUCUGUUACGCCCACCAUGUUCAUAUACUUGCACAAGUACAGUUAGGUUUGCCAACACCGAGUAGAAACUCAGUCUCAAGGGGUGUCAUUAAAUUGCCUAGUAAGGUUGGUUUAACAGAGGAAGUCGUUGAUUCAAUAGAACGUAUCGAAACACAGCUUUCUGCUUUUCGUUUUUGCUCUAGUCGUGAUGAUAGAACAAAGACGUGCAAGUCACGCAACAUACAAGAACACUCAUCUUCUGUAAUACCAUUUCAACGGUUAAGCGAGAAAGCAUUGAUGGCAAGAAGACAAAGCUAUCAAGCUUCUGUGUCUGGUUUGAGGAGUACAAAAACCUCGAAUAUAGCACCUCGUCUGAGAAGUGUGAAUAAUAAUGCUGCAGCUUGUGGUGAUCGAGCCUUGAAUCUUGAGCCACAAGGAAGCAGUUCUCCUGAUGAUCAAGUUGUUGUGGUCAGGUCACGUCCGCCAUUACCGUCUCGUCCUAAGCCAAGAGAGAGUAAUAGAACGUCACUGAAGAUGGGGAGUAUGAAACCAACUUUGUUGGAUCAAGAAACCGAGACAUGGGAUGAAGAAAGUGGAAGCACACGGUCUGGAACAAGCUCACAAGUUUCUACGACAGAUCAAGAAUCAGAAGAAGCCUCUAGAGAAACAGGUUCAACCACUGGGUCAAGCUGGCAAACUCAUGGUGAGAGCGUCACCGAGUCAGAAGACUCAUCGUAUCAAUCAUCAGAGAGUGAUGAUAACUCUCAAGACAGUGACUCUCCUCCACACAAAAGGAGAGACAGAUCAAAGGAGACUCUCCUCCCUCACAAAAAGUCUAAAGGGAGGCUUAAAAGAUUCAAGGAGAAGCUAGGUAAAGUGUUUCACCAUCACCACUACCACCACCACCACCAUGAGAGUAAAGAGAAAAGCCACAAGCCAUCAGCAUGGAAGCAUUUAGUGAAGAAACAUCUUCAGAAAGACAAAGAGAAGUUGGUUGAGACGAGGGUGAAGUCAGAAUCCAAAGGUCUGGUGACUAAAUAUAAGAACAAAGGUGGGCAGUUUCAUGCGUUAGUGGAAGGGUUGAUGAGACAUCGUAGAAGACGCUCGAAGAUGAAAAGGCAGAGCCAUGGCAGGAAGAAGAUGAAGUGGUGGCAAACACGUAGACGUCAAGGCGGUGUCAAGUUUCCUAAGGGAAGGAGAGUUAAGUUAGGAAAGACAAAUUAUUUGUGUAAUAAGGAUCAAGAAAAUGAUGAAAAUUAG